UCUGUCAGUGUCAUCCAUCUGCUAUCUGUCUAUUUUGUAUUUGAUUUGAUUUCGAACUCGAUUCGUAGCCUCCGCCAAAAUAAUUGUUUUUAUAUUUGAAAUAUAAAUAAAUUACUAGAUUUUGUAUUUUACCUCAAUAAAUAAUAAGAAGAUAGAAUGGCCGCUGGAGAAGCACAACAGCAGCCGGAGCAUCUGCAGCGAAGAUGGCAUUAUAUUCGAAAACUGUUGGAAAGGCCUGGACCAUUCAGUCACCCCGACUUUGAGCCUUCAGCUGAAAUCUUAGACUUCAUCUUGAACUCGUGCAAGAUCUUGGUAGUUGGUGCCGGCGGGCUGGGCUGCGAACUUCUGAAAGAUCUGGCUCUGAUGGGCUUCAAGAAGAUGCACAUAGUAGAUAUGGAUACCAUUGAGCUAUCAAAUUUAAAUAGACAGUUUUUGUUUCGGAAGAAUGAUAUUGGGUCCUCUAAAGCUAAGUGUGCUGUAGAGUUUGUAAAUAAAAGAAUCCCAGGCUGUGAGGCUAUUGCCCAUCACUGUCCCAUCCAGGACCUUGAUGAAGGGUUCUACAGACAGUUCCACAUUGUGGUCUGUGGCUUGGACUCAAUUGUGGCCCGGCGCUGGCUUAAUGGCAUGCUGAUGUCUUUACUGCAGUACAAUGAUGAUGGUAGUCUAGACCAGAGCAGUGUGAUUCCCCUCAUUGAUGGAGGCACAGAAGGCUUCAAGGGUAAUGCCAGAGUGAUCCUACCGGGCAUGAGUGCCUGUAUUGAGUGCACCCUGGACUUGUACCCUCCACAGAAGACAUUUCCACUGUGCACCAUUGCUAAUACACCUAGAUUACCAGAGCACUGCAUAGAAUACGUCAAAGUUAUCCAGUGGAGCAAAGAGAAUCCUUGGGGUCCGGAGACAAGCCUGGACGGUGAUGACCCGCAGCAUGUAGCCUGGGUGCUGGAGAAGGCUCAGGAACGAGCCAUGAAGCAUGGCAUUGCUGGAGUCAACUACAGAUUGACCCAGGGAGUUCUGAAGAACAUUAUUCCAGCUGUUGCUAGCACCAACGCGUCUAUUGCUGCGUGUUGUGCUACUGAGGUAUUCAAAGUAGCCACCUCCUGUUGCGCAAACAUGAACAACUACAUGGUCCUCAACAUGACCGAGGGGGUCUACUCCUACACGUUCAAUGCAGAGCGACGUACCGACUGCAUCGCGUGUUCCAACUCGACAAAGAUAUUGGAAGUAGAGCCCCAGGCCACGCUGCAAGCGAUACUGGACCAGCUGAAGGACGAUCAGCAGUUCAUGAUGAAGAGUCCAGGUAUAACAACUAUUAUCAAUGGACGUAACAAGACGCUCUACAUGUCUUCAAUCAAGAGCAUCGAAGAGAGGACCAGAGACAACCUGAAGAAGAAGAUGAAGGAAUUAGGACUUUUCAAUGGGGCAGAAAUACUUGUGGCUGACAUUACCACCCCUAAUACUGUAACCAUAAAGUUGAAAUUCAUUGAGAAUCUCCAAGAUGUAGAUAUGUCUCACUACAUUGAGUAAUUUUUAAUUAUUGUACUUACUGCAAUUUAAAUUAUUUCAAAUAAAUGGUAUGGAAUAAAGUUUGUAAGC